AUGGCUACAGCUGUGAGCGGGCAUUGGGCGAACGCAGUACCGCUGGACGACAGCAGUGCUUUCUCGCAGCAACAGCGGGCGGAGACGCGGAGAUCGCAAGGUUCGCUCAUGACGGGCAGUGCACAGAGCUCUUCCCAGCAUCGCCAAAGCGACUACAACAUCAUGUCCGACUCCGAGGCAGCCGGCUCACGGAGAGCCUCCAUACGCGCGAGCAACGCCUCCGCCACUCGCAAGCGCUCCCGCAAUCAGCUCAAAGAUAAGAAGCCGGACAAGGCUGAGGAGUAUGUCGACGAUUCAGCGUGGAUCCACCGUGACAAGCUUGCCCAGAUCGAGAUCCAGGAGAUGGAGGAGGCUGGCAUCAAUGUACGCUCGUCCAGGCGCUCGUUAAGCAACGGGCCUGGUGUUGCGCGGAGAUCCAGUCGCUCAGCGAGCAGACCAGGUGCACAACGCGGCAUGAGUCGAGAGAGAAGGGGUGAAGGAGAGCUGGAAGGUGCAGGUAUGCUUCACUCGGGUGUGGAAGACCAUCAGCGCAAGCGAGUGUCUACCAUACCAGCUGCGGAGGAGGAAGAGUUCGAGCAUGACCGCUCAUUCGACCCGAAUGUGGACUCAGAGAUACGCACACAAGAAGAGAUUGCCGCAGAACGGCACUCAGCAAGCAAACCGCACAUAAUUCGACCAAGCACUUCGCGCAUACCCAUCUCGAGAAUUAGCACGGUGCCGGUGCCCCAGGAUGUGGUCGACCGAGACUCUCCGCUUCCGCGAAGUAGAAGUGGCAGUGGUGCGUGGGCUGGAAAUUGGGACGAGAUGCAAUAUGCGCGCAGGGCUAGGAGCAGUAGUAUUGCCAGCCAAGUGCUCGAAGACGAAGUAAACGGAGCGCAUGCCGUGCCGAGGCCAGACAGUUCGUACAUGCAAGACUCCUCGGAGAACUCGCCACCGAAAGCGCGGUUGCCGAACAAAGCAAAGCGUACUUCUGCAGGCCGCAGGACUUCUGGUACGGCCAAUGGCAACUCCAGGCCGAAUUCUGGGUAUCAAAACAAGGCUCUCACACCCCAGCGGCCAAGCUCGAGGACUGAGCGCCGUUCUCGACCAUCAACAAGCCAUGCACCGGAGGGUGAAGCACCUUGGAUCGCCACCAUGUACAAACCCGAUCCUAGAUUACCACCUGACCAGCAAAUGCUACCCACACACGCCAAGCGCAUGAUGCAGGAUCAAUGGGAGAAGAGCGGCAAGAGUAGCACCGCGUAUGAUCGUGACUUUAGACCACUUAAUGAUCAAGAGUUUCGCCAGCCACCCAGCAAAACACCUAGACUGGAGCACGAUCCGUUCCCUCAACCACAACCGUCACCGAACGGCACGUUAAGUCUCAUGAAGCCUGAAGCGAGAAUGAGCCCGCAUACGGAAGGCGAACGACCAUGGCCACUCACUCCUGCAAAGAGCGACAGCAAAAGCGAGUCUGGUUCCACGCGGCCUGGCACGAGCGGAGGCUACAGGAUCACGCCGACGAUUGCGCCGCCGCCGAAUAUCCAGAGACCGUCGACGAGCGGACAGAAUUCGGCGUUACCGCGUGAUGGUGCGCAAAGAGUGCCGGACUUUGAUGAGAAGGAUGUGCCGUACAAGAAGAAAGGGUGUGCUUGUUGUGUGGUGAUGUAG